UUUUUUGAGAACCACAACAAAUCCGUCGCACAAAGCAUGCGUCAUUUAGCACUACGCUCUAGCAGAUCGCUCCAGGUCCACAACAGUGGCUCGGUAAAAUCGCAUUUCGCGGGAAGAACCAAGUGCCUUACGCGGCAUGAGUGUCCCUGGUGACUUCAUGGAGGCCAAGUCGGAUCAGGGAGAGAAGCCUGACCACGGCCUUGCAGACCUCCCCAGCGGGCCCCUGGACCUGUACAGGAAGAGAGCCUCUUUCAACAGGAAGGACAUGGUUCUCUUCAUGGAGGGAGAGGAUGUAAUGGCUUUCAAGCGACACGUCUACACCACGCUAGAAAACGACCCACUGUUCGCUCGCCAGCCGGGAGAGGACGUUUCCCUGGAGACGAUGCGAGAGCUGACGUUCCGCAGGGUCAAGCAGCUGUUCCGGUACGACUUCCUGACCCGCGAUGACAUCAUGCAGAACCCUUGGAAGACUGUGAUCCUCAACGACUGCCUGGGGAGCUACGAUUGGUCCGUGGGCGCCAAGUACUUCCUCAACAAGGGGAUGUUUGGGUCCACUGUGGCCAACUCGGGAUCACAGAGACAUAACUCAUUUGUUCAAAACACAGAAGACAUGAUGACAUUUGGGUGUUUUGCGUUGACAGAGUUGAGCCAUGGCAGCAACACUAGGGCCAUGAGGACGACAGCCAAAUACGAUCCCUCAACACAGGAGUUUGUGAUCCACUCCCCAGACUUCGAGGCUGCUAAGUUCUGGGUGGGAAACCUGGGGAAGACGGCCACUCAUGCCGUGGUGUACGCCCAGCUGUACACCCCCGACGGGGCCUGCCACGGGCUGCACUCCUUCGUGGUCCAGGUGAGGGACCCCAGGACCCUGCUGGCCAUGCCCGGGGUUCUGGUGGGGGACAUGGGCAAGAAGCUGGGUCAGAACGGCCUGGACAACGGGUUUGCCUUGUUCCACCACGUGAGGAUCCCUCGAGAGAACCUGCUCAACAAGACGGGGGACGUCACGCCUGAAGGACGCUACGUCACUCCCUUCAAGGACCCUAACAAGCGUUUCGGGGCAUCCCUGGGUGCCCUGUCCGGGGGCAGGGUGUCCAUCUCCAGGAUGGCAGUGGUCAACCUCAAGCUGGCCAUCACCGUGGCAAUCCGCUUCUCCGCAACGCGCCGGCAGUUUGGGCCCAGAGACACGGAGGAAAUCCCUGUACUGGAGUACCAGCUGCAGCAAUGGCGGCUGAUCCCUUACCUGGCGGCUGUUUACGCCCUGGACCACUUCUCCAAGUCCCUCUUCAUGAACUUUGUGGAGCUGCAGAUCGGAAUGAUGAUGAGGGACAAGAGCGACAGACAGGCAGAGCUGGGCAGAGAGAUCCAUGCCCUGUCCUGCUCCAGUAAGCCCCUGGGCUCCUGGACAGCCCAGAGGGGCAUCCAGGAGUGCAGGGAGGCCUGUGGGGGCCACGGAUACCUGGCCAUGAACCGCCUUGGAGACAUCCGGAACGACAACGACCCUAACUGCACGUAUGAAGGAGACAACAACGUCCUGCUGCAGCAGACCAGCAACUACCUGCUGAGCUACACCUCACAGCACGACAACGUGAAAAUAGAAUCUCCGCUGGAGUCUGUCAACUUCCUGGACGACAUCAACAACAUCCUGGAGACCAGGUUCACUGCUGCCACCGUGGAGGAGUGUAUGGACUCUGCAGUUCCCCUGGCAGCGUACAGGUGGUUGGUGUGUUUCCUGCUGAGGGCGAGUGACAUGAGGCUGGCACAGGAGAGGGACUCUGGGAAGGCCGACUUUGAGGCCCGCAACAACAGCCAGGUGUACUACUCCCGCUCUCUGGCCAUCGUCUACAUCGAGCACACGGUCCUGCAAAGGUUCCAUGACCUGACGAGAGACGAGGACACCCCGGCUGAACUCAGACCAGUCCUGCAGCGCCUCUGCUGCCUCUACGGCCUCUGGAGCCUCAGUAACCACAUGGCCACGCUGUACCAGGGUGCUUACGUCUCUGGGAGGGAGCCGGCUGAAACAGUCCAGAUCGCCAUCCUCACUCUCUGCUCUCUGCUGAAGGAUGAGGCUGUGACCCUGGUAGAUGCCAUCGCCCCCCCGGACUUCAUCCUCAACUCGCCCAUCGGCAAGGCAGACGGAGAGCUGUACAAGAACUUGUGGUCCACCGUGAUGCAGGGGAACAAGGUUCUAGAACGGCCGUCCUGGUGGAAAGAGUUCUGUUCCGACAAGCCAGAGGUGGGUUCUCUCCGGGCCAAGCUCUAGAACUCUGGAACCUUGUGAGCUACGGGUUCUGUGAGGGUCAGAGGUCAACAGGAAGCCCCACAGCAAAACCUUCUUUCUUUCCUCGGUUGUUAAGUCAACGUCUUUUAACUUUAAUCUAAGUCAAUCAGCCGUCUCAAACCAGAAGUCCACCAUUUUAAUAUCACUGUUCCGGAGGACGAAAAUAAUUGGGGAUGUUAAUUUUGGAAUCGCUGCUUUUAAAGGGAAGUUCUGGAUUGUAUUGUGUUUAUCAUAGAACAAGAUCAAGCAUCUGCUGAAUAUCUAUAUUCCAAUACAUGUUAGACCUUAUUCAGUGGAAAUGAUCUAUUCUAACAUUGCAAUAUGUUGCUUUUAAAUUCACAUUCUGCUGUAUAUUGUCAUUAAUUAUAUUAAUUCAUGAAUUUACUUGUGAUAUAUUAGUGACA